AUGUUCUCUUCGCCUACCGGAGCAAAAUCGACAGGAAACAUCGCAGCCCUGUCCUCUUCGCCGGGAGGCCGCUCAGAGUAUCCAUUUCCGGCCCACGCGCAAGGGCCGCUCAACGUCCAGGAGGAGCUCGACAGCUUCCUCUAUUCGCUCUCUAUCUCGACCUUGUUGCAACCGCCAAUAAUCCGCACUGGUCUGUCCGGUUUGACAUCAUCAGCCUCUAACGUACACAAGCCGCCGACAACCCGAGAUAUUCCGCCUGUCACCUUGACAAACAUUGAGCAUGUCGAGUCGGAAGAAUUCGCGCCAUACCUGAGCCAAUUCGGAGCCCUGCAUGAACAGUUGAAACGGAUCAAAGAGAGCGAAUCUGAGGCAUCGUCAAGCCGAAAGGGUAGUCGUCAUGACGAGAGUGGGGAAGCAAGCGGUGGCGACGGGCUCUUGCGGCCAGGUGGUCGCUCUAGCAUGACGAGAAAGGGUUCCGCGGCCUCGCUAUCAUCCUUGAAUUCGAACGAGGCGCCUAGCCCGGUGCGGAGGUCAAGCUCGAGUUUCGGACGAAGAGCUGCCCAAGGACCGCCGCCCUUGUCUACGAUUCCGACGGUAUAUUUUGACGAGGACUUUCACCUCGAGAAUCCGAGAACGUUUGACGUGGUGAGCGAACGGUCUGAGGUGAUUCGACCAUCGCAGAACGAAAACGACAACAAGACGAGUCUCGACGGGGACGCGGCUGCGCCCCGAAAGGCCCUCGCGACCAAUGCGAUCCUGCAGGAGAAGCUUUCGUGGUACAUGGACACCAUCGAGGUGCAUCUGAUCAACUCGAUAUCGACCGCUUCGACGACAUUCUUCACAGCGCUGGGUUCAUUGAAGGAACUACACUCCGAGGCUGCCGAUUCCGUACAGCGCAUCAAGGCGUUGAGACUGGAGCUGGAGGCUUUGGACAAGGAGAUUGUAACCCAGGGCUUGGACAUUGUCAAGAAGCGUCAACGUCAAGAGAAUCUGCGUCAAUUGAAUGGCGCUGUCUUGCAGUUAAGGCUGAUCGUUGACGGGGUAGCCGACUGCGAGACUCUUGUCGAGAAAGGCGAGGUCGACAAAGCUCUGGACAGCAUCGACUCUCUGGAGUACCUAAUUGCAGGAGAGCGCGAGACCUCGCAGAUUCUGGCGGAAGAUGUAACUCUGCGAGAUUUGAGGGGCGCGACUGCGCUGCAAGGCGUCAAUGCCGACUUGAUGACGUUGCGAAUGCGUGUGGGCAAGGCGUACGAGGCUCAAUUUGUCAAUGUGCUAUUAGGCGAUCUCAAGAAACACAUGGAGUCGGUGUCUUCAACAGAGAUACUACUCCGAUGGAGCCACGCCGCCUCGAGAGCGAGAGGUGGCCACGCCAGAUCGCCAUCAAACUUUCCAAGCUACCUGACAGGGACAGAAGAGCUGAAGCGACAGUUGGCACCCACGAUCAAAGGUCUCGAUCGCGCGCAACAUGUCGCUGCGGCUGCCAUCAUCUAUCGAGAGAUUGCGUUAAAGGAGAUCCGUAACCUCAUUCGACGGCCGUUACCCAGCUCCAGUGACGACGACAACGAAUCCAUGAUGUCGGUAUCGACCGCUGCUAGCGGAGGGCGGGUUCGCUCAAGCCAAGAAAAAUCGUCGAUUCUUGCGAGAAAUCUGCGCGCAUUGGGUCCAGACGAGGCCGAAGAACUGUUGGCGACAAUCUACGUGGGCGUCACAGAAACGCUACGCAGACUAACGACCCAAACCAAGGUUAUCCUCGACAUUGCCAGCUCGCUGUCGGCGGCGCCAAACGGGGAUGGGCUCAAGUCUCCGCCUUCUAGGUCGCCGAUAUCGAGUCCACGGCUAGAUCGAAACAUGCCUCCAUUUAGCGGGUUCCAAUUACAAGAAGAGCUGCACAAAACGCUCGACGUUGCGAAUUUGCUAGGGCAAGCGGUGGACGUGGCCAUUGACAAGAUUGUCAAGGUACUCAAAGUGAGGAACGAACAGGCCGGAAACCUGCCCCUCGACUUCUUCCUACGGUAUUUCACGAUGAACCUCUACUUUGCGAACGAGUGUGAGGCCAUCUCGGGCCGCAGCGGCACUGCCCUGAAAAAUGUGGUUAAUAGCCACAUCAAGGACUUUGUGCAGAAAACCAGGGAUACCGAGAUGCAGAAGCUUGCACAGGGGAUGGAGUCGGAUCAGUGGAACGCCAAGGACUUUAGCGACGAGAAUGCUGAGCUCCUGGGGCAGCUGCUCGAGGCCAGUACCCAAGACCCGGCGGCGUGGUCGGAGAGGACCAAGAUAUGGGUGCCAUAUCACGAGAUUGAGAAGGCCGAGCGAGAGAGUAGUGCUGCUUCUACGGAGCCGAAUGGCACUGGCAAGGACAAGGGGCGCACGGCAAUCAUUGACUCCGAGAAGUUUGUGCUCCCUUCGUCGGCCAUCCUCUGCAUGCAGGGCACCGCGCAAUUUCUGCACUUGAUUGCGGGCAUCCCUUCUAUGACCACAGACAUUGCUUCGUCACUGGUGGCUUAUCUGCAGCUGUUCAACUCACGCUGUACCCAGCUCAUUCUAGGAGCGGGCGCGACGCGUUCUGCUGGGUUGAAGAACAUUACAUCGAAACACCUGGCAUUGGCCGCGCAAGCACUAUCAUUUAUCUCGACUCUCAUACCCCAUGUUCGCGAGUUUGUGCGUCGCCACGCAGGCUCUGGCGCGGGUGUGUCGUCCGUCAUGGGUGAGUUUGACAAGGUGCGGAGACUGCUGCAAGAACACCAGGACAGUAUCCACCAGAAGCUGGUAGACAUUAUGAGCGGGCGUGCGUCGGUCCACGCAAAGGGUAUGAGGAGCAUCGAGUGGGACAAGCAGGUCGAUGGCAUACAUCCGUACAUGGAGACGCUAUGCAAGGAGACGAGCACAUUACACCGGGUCCUCACGAAGCACCUCCCGGAGACGUCCAUCCUCAUGAUCAUGGGACCCGUGUUUGGCAGCUACAAGGAACAACUAGGGGCAGCUCUCAAGGCUGCGAACCCGAAGACACAAGAGGGCCAUCAGAGCAUGAUACGCGAUGUCGAGUUCUUUACAACCAAGCUAGGCAAGGUGGAUGGCUUUGGCGAUGCUGGCGAGAGCCUACUCAGCGUCGCCAAAACCAAGGAAGUCAAGGCUGCGGAGCCCCUUCCCUCCCCGGCUGAGGAGGAGAAGUCGCCGGAAAAGGGGUCGUCGUCGGCUGACAUGGACUCGUCUGAUCCUGCUGAGGAAGAGAUUGCGACAAAGGACCUUGACCAAGGGACUACGACGGUUGAGAGUUGA